GCUUCCCACUUUCACAGAGUGAACAUCAGGCAGAGCAGAGCGGCGGCGAGGGAAGAGGAGUCCUGCGUGCAGGGCACACACUGGUUCCUGGAGAGCUGUGGGAAGAUUCACGUGCCGUGCCCUUCCAUUCCCACAAGGAGUCACCUCCAGGCACCUGCCACCAUGUCCAAGGACGAUGUCAGCUGCAAGCUAACCUCGGUCUACAAGCACAAGGAGAGGAAGCCAAAAAAGCCUCACUACAUCCCAAGGCCAUGGGGCAAGCCAUACAACUACAAAUGUUUCCAGUGCCCCUUCACCUGCAUGGAGAAGUCCCACCUCUACAACCACAUGAAGUACAGCCUGUGCAAGAACUCCCUCUCCCUCCUCAUCGAGUCUGACUGGCCCUACAAGAAGGGCAACCUGCUCCACCCGGAGCUGCGGCUCCUGCACGCAACGGAGACCCCCCGCCUGCGUGGGCGGCGGGACGAGCAGGAGACUUGUGACUCCUCGGCCACGUUGGGAGGGUCGGUUAGGACCAGGCAGGCCUCCAACAGGGACAGCCACGAGGACAAGCCGAUGGCAGGGGUGGAGAUCCUGCCUGGUGAAGGGGCUGGUGAAGAAGGUAGCCAGUUCCAAGAGGAGGAGGAUGAUGUCUCUGGCCUGUUGAGGGAGAUGGAUGCGGGGGAGAAGAAAGAGAAAAACGAAGAGGCAGGUUGCCAAGGUGACCCAGCUGAACCAGAAGUGAACGCUUUGGUCUUCGGUUUCAAGAACAAGAGGGACAAGCCUUGCAAGGAGGUGGAGCCUGACUUCAUCAUCACGGAUGUCUUCUCCCUCAAGAACCACGUCAUGAAAAGCAGGGAAAUGGCCUCCCCAGACCUAGAUGCUAAGCCAAAGCAUUGCAAAGUGCCAAAGAAAUGCCUGGCCAGCAGCGGGAUCCUCAUGGAGCAGUGGAAGCUGGUGGCAAAUGGGCAAAGGAGGAACACACCUGAGGUCUCCCCACCUUGUACCGACAGCAACAUCAUCCCAUGCUACCCCCCUCCUGCCUACAGUGACUACCACGAACCUCAGGGCCUCAAUCUCUCACUGCUGGGUAUUAACUACCCGUUAAACCCCGGUCUCUUCUCCUACCUGAGCCCCACCAUGACCAACAGUGCUACGACACACACGCACUUGGCUCAGCUGCCCUUCCUGGCCUCCACAGCCCAGCUGAUGCACCCACAUACCUCCCACUUCCAGCCUCUGCAGAGCCCCGACCGCUCAGCCUUCCUUCCCCGCUUCUACUACCCCUUGCUCUUUGAGCACACCUUCGGCUCCACUGAAGGUAAGAUGUCCUCCAGCAAGCCAGAAGCCCAGCAGCUGGUGGGCUCUGUCAUGCCCACGCCACCCCAAGCCAAACCUCCCAGUGAGCCAACCAAACCAGGGCUGCUGAAGGUGCCCGUUCUGAAGACAGGUUUUCCUUGGUCCAAAGGUGUCAGAGAGGAGCCCGCUGCCGAGCUCAACCACCCUGCCAUGCUGGGGCAGGAGGAAGAGGAGAAAUGGCUGUCCCAAGAGAAGGAGAGCAACCCAGCUUUGGGCCUCAACAACCUACGCAAAAAAACAGCCACCGACAUCUACCAAAACAUAGUGGGGGUGAAGGAUGGCGCUUUUGCCCCCAGUGGUGUCCGGAAGACAGAGCUACCGGUGGUGACCUGUCUGGAGACCAGCAGUCCUCCAGGCAGCUCCCUGAAGAGGAAGUUCACUGCCAAUGGGCUGGAUUUGAUAGGACCCGAAAGGCUGAUGCCUGGAAAACUCAGCUACCAGAGCAGUGGUUCAAGGGCCAACCCUGGCCACAUCCCCAAGGCCCUGGACCACUGGCACAUGGAAGUUCUCACUGGCCAGCCUGAGGAACCGGAGAGGGGCAAUGACACUGAAGCUCUUCACUCUGUGGGUUCUGGCCUGGACCAUGGCCUCUGCAAGCAGAGCAGACCCCAGGAGACUUCUGCCACCAUGACAGACUCUGAGGCCACAACCAUGCUUAUUGGGGACCUGUCCAAAACCUUAGAGGAGUACCAAGAGGUGGAGAAGAAACUGUCUGAUCUGGCAAAGGAGGAUACCCCCGGGCAAAAAGAGCUGAGGGACCAGCUGGUCAAAAUCCGAAAGGAGCUCUACCACAUCCACCAGGCACUGGAGAAAGCCAACAAACCCCACGAAGGGCCUCUGGACCUCUCAGUGAAGAGAUCCUCUGAAGGUCUGGAGAAGGUCCAGCUGGCCAAGAAGGAGGCCUGCAACAUGAGCCUGGGCAGUGAGAAGCUCCAUGGCAAAGACCAAGGGGCCCUCAACAAAUGUGCGGCCACCGGGGAGGCUGGAGAUGGGGAGGGACUGCCAAACUGCCUCCUUGAGGCCGAGAACAAAACCAUCGACCUGCUGAUCAAGAUGAGCCGUUCUGAGAGCCUCCGGGCGUCCUCCUCCGAAGCUCACCUGGGUGCUGUAAUCAAGGCUGAGGUCCUGCCGCUCACCAUGCCCCUGGAGAUGCGGCACGUGAUGGAGCCCUACUACAGCCGCACCACCAAGUGCGAGGCAGACUCCAGUGUCCUGCUCUGCUCCGAUGGCAGAUCCAGCACCACCCAGGGCCCUCAGCUCCCAGUCACCACCGAGGAUGGACCUCUGGGCUGCCGAGCCAUGCAGCGCUCCCUGUCCUGCAGCCUUCCCAGCGAGACAGACACUGUGUGUGUCCACAGCCCUCUGCAUGCCGACCCCUAAGUCCACCUUGCUCAAAAGCUCCUGGAUCUCACUGACCACCUCAUUCUUCACCUUCCUUGUGUUCCACCUCUCCGCUCCCCCUCUUCCCCAUGGAUGAAAGCCUAACCACUGCCUGGCUCGGGCCAUGUUGCGUGGGGUCCCAGCUAGCUCCCCCAGCUGACUCCACAAGGUGUAAAAAAACGGUCCCUGUCCCACCCCAGCGCCAAGGACAGUGCUCCUGGGCUCUGCAUGCUCCACAGCCUCAGCUCCCUAGUCCUGGAACUCCCUUUGAAAGGGAAGUCACUAGGAGGCAAAAAAAGAAACUGCAAAAACCUCCAAGCUUUCCACAGGAGGCUCAGCCAGCCCUCUAACCAGAGACACUCAGGGACUUCAGCAGCCCAGCUCCCACAGUCUGUGGGCUGUGGGGGGACCACAGAGAGGGUAUCUGCAGGGCCAAGCCUCAGUCCAGUCUCGGCUGUGCUCAAACAGGCUGUGGCUGUCACCUUGUACAAAGCAAAGACGUGGUGGCUUGAGGGUCACAGAAGAGAAGCGGAUGCUCAGCUGGACUGACCCGGAGGCCGAGCACUUUCCGCACUGUGGAGACAUCCCCCCAGCCACAAUGACAAGAUGACACAGGAGCCACCUUGCCACAGUGACACAUCUGGGUCCUGAGCUCUCCCACCAAGGGCAUUUGCCACGUGUGGGGACUUGUUCCUGCCCAUAGGUCCCCCAGCGUCCGGCUCCUCCUUUUGCCUUUAUACAGAAAGGACCUUCCCUCCCGCUGCCCCGAUGGCCUCUCCCCAUGCAGACAUGAUGCACAUUCUUCACAAAGGUCCCGAUCCUGCAGAGUACAGCUCCCAUGAGCUCCUGCCCACUGGUCCUAAUCCCCCAAAUUAUGACACAUGAGACAACAAAAUGGGUGAGACGAUGCUGCCACAAGCCCCACUGCUGAAGGGGCAAAGACCCUAAAAACAACUGUGAAGGGACAAACUUGGCCUGUCCCAAGCUGGAACGAUGCUGAGUGGUCCCCCCUCAGCCAGAGCAUCAGAAAGCCAACCACCCAGGCAAGCCUGCUGCUUGCAGGAUGAGCGCUGGCCUUCCCAAAAUGUCACCUUGUCCCCAUGCUCGGUGGGGGCUCUGGCCUCUGCCGGGCAGGCUGGUACCCACCGCAGGGCAGUCACACCUCCCUGUCCCCCACCGCCCUGCUGAGCAGCAUUUGCUCUGGCUCAGGAUCUCCCCAUGGCUGGGCCAGGAUUUCUUGGACUCCCUCCCACUGUGCGGGUAUAAUGUGCUCUCCUCAGCCUGGAAAAGCCAGGCAGCUUUUCCUCUCCCAGCCACACUCCCUGCCUGGGACAUGGUGGGCUCUCCUGUUAGCACCCAGGGCCUUCACCAACUUGCUGGUGGCUUGUUCUUCACAAUGAGAAGAGCUGAGAUGGGGGUCAUGGGGGCAGGAGGGCAGGACAAAGACAACAUCAAGAAAAGCCACAAAUCAGGGACCUACACAGCACAGCCAGGGAGCUUUAGAUGCUGGCUCUUCACUGGGCACAAAGCGGACAAUCCUAUGGCGAGUGACAAGCCAGCACGUGGGACCCGGCACUCCCAAGUACUUCGAUGGGCCCAGACAACAGGAAGAGUUGGCUCUUCCCACAUGAUUGCUUGCUGGACAAAGCUUCCACAUCAUCAAAGGGGUUUAUUUCUCACUCAAGGACUUUGCUUAGGGUACACAGGCAUGCACAGUUAUUGGUCUUUUUAGAGAAAAGUGUGGGGAGGGACAGAGAGAUGCUCAGCUCAGCACCAUAACCCUCCUGAGCCAGCUCCCAGUCUUCCUGAUGGGCCAUGUCCUGCUGCUUCCCAGCACAGCCCUGGCCCCACAAGACCCAAGUGAAGUUCAUGAGACGCAGCCAGAACAGACCCCAGAGUCUGGGUGCAGAACCCUCGAUCCCAGAGCCCAGGGGAGGUGGCACUGGGCCCUUCUUCCUGGGUUUGAAUAAAUGCUGUGGCCUUGGGAUGCCAUAACACCAUCAGCACAGCAGCCCCCUCCAGACCAAGCACCUUGCUUGCUCUACCCACCCCCAACAGCCUGCCAGUCUCUCUCCAGCCUCUUCUGCCACCCUGUGCCUCUCUGCUACCCUUUUCCUCUCUGCCAUCCCAUACCGCUCUGCCAACCUUUUCUGCUCUGCCACCCCAUGCCCCUCUGCCACCCUACCCUCCCCAGCUCACACAGCCCUGGCAGCCGCCACCCCCCCCCUGCCAGCACCUCCCCAUCCCUGUACCUCAGGGCUCCCCACUCUCCCCCACACCAGCUUCUCUGUGCAUUUUCCAUGCUGGGACCCUCACCCAGCGCACAGCAGGGCACCCACAGGCACAGCCAAGAAGCUGGAGCCCUGUUUUCCCAUGACAUCCUUCCCUGCCCACCUGGCUGUUACCUCCUCUGAGGAACAAAAAGGCAUGUAGGUCCCACCACUCACCAGGGAGCCCUACCUCCUCCCAGCCCCGAGCAUCGCACUGCUUUUCUUAGGUGAUCCCCAUCUGAACCCGGGCACCUUGGAGGCCCAAGACACCAGAGGGGCAGCUGAGCUCUGUGACCAGCAGCCCUGGGCUUCAGUAGGAGAGCUGUGCCCAGACCACCAGGCAGUGCUGCCUUUCACCCCCUUUUAGCUGAUAUAUUGCCUGCACACCAGCCACCUUUCCCUCCCCAGCCGCUGACUCCCUCCUGCCACCCCAAGCCGGGAUGCUGCCCUGCUCCAUGGUGCCCACGCUGUGAGCCAGGCACCUCUCCCACGAGCCGAGCCAGCGCCAGCAGCCCUCGCCACAUUGCUCAUGGUCUCCCUCACCUCCGUAGAAAGCCAGGGGGCAAGUGGAAGGUGGAGGCUGACCACACAGUAUUUAUUGUUCACAGUUUUACGAAUGUACAAAACAAAACCAAACCAUUAAAGG